GUGAGUCGGUUCUUGACGAAACAUUUUUCGGUCCGACAGAUUAUAAUCCUAGGAGCAAUAAUUGGAACUUCAUGCUAUAUAAUGACUUCUUUUUCACAAUCAUCUUGGCAGUUUGGAGCUGCUUUGCUCUCAUCAGGUAUAGGCUACAGCAUGGUGACGUUUCCUGCACACGCACUUCCGGUUCGGUACUUCCCAGAUAAAUUCGAAUUAGUUUCUAGCAUCAUAAUGACAGCUGGUGGUCUAGGCAUGAUGUUGAUCCCCGUCAUAGCUGAACAACUUAAUCGCAUAUACGGUUGGCGACAAGCCAUGCUACUUCUUGGUGCAUUCAGCUUCCACAACAUCCCCAUCGGUGCGUUGGUGAAGGAAGAGGGAAGAGGGAAUGUCUCACAACCGCUUUUGGAGUCAACAUCGAUCAGCAAUCGAGAAAAUAAUCCUGACGAGGAAAAUCACUUGAGGGAACUAAGUAAAGCAGAAGCGGAUAUACAGUCAACGGAAUCUUCAGAUGUGAAGCCCAAUUCAAAGACGAUUGUCACCGAGAAAGAGACAGACGGUGUCAAGAGCACGUUACAAGAAUCAGUCUGGCAUUCGCUGAAAGCUCUUACAUGUUUUGACAUUGUGGAAAAGAAGCCAGAUGUUUUGAGUGUCAUAUUCGCCAUGUUUAUGCUAGGCAUGUCUUAUAGCGGUUGGGUUAUAUUUAUCGUACCAAACGGCAUCGCGAAAGGAUAUCCAUUGGAAAAUUCAAUUUUCCUUGCCACAGUCGGGGGAGCUGCCAAUGUCUUUGGACGUUUCAUCGUAGGGUUCGUAAGCAAGUGGCAGCUUUUCUCAAACAACAAGCUAUUUGUUAUGUUAUGUUUUGUGUCUUUCGUGGCAUACACGAUGAACAUCUCUGCAACUCGAUUUUGGGACUUGUGCAUUCUUGCAGUUUUAAAUGGUAGUACCUUAGGUGCUAUGACAGGUAUGAUAACAUUGCUUUCCCGGGAUACAGCACCUGACGGGGACGGGGACGUAGAGGGCGUGAUAUCUCUGCUUCUUAUGGCAGUCGGAGGAGGUCUUCCUGUCGGUGGCUUUACUGUUGGUUGGUUAUUUGACAAGUCUAAUUCGUACGACGCGUCUUUCAUUUUCCUCGGCUCGGUCAGUCUGGUCUCAGCCUUCUUUCUCAUCACCCCAAGCAUACCCGAUGCGUGCCGUUGCGUCUACCAGUCUAUCUUUUACCGAUGUCUCAACCAGAGGAGUCGAUUCCGGGGGGCGUGAGAACGAUAGAACCCUACCAUCGAUUUGCCACCCCCCAAUAAUUUUGACAACUCGAACAAAUUAAAAUGUGCAAUGUAAAUAAUAUACUCUCAACAAACAUUGAAAAGUACUAUAAAACCACUUAGAUUGUAAGUAAAAAUACUACUAAAUAUACAAUUGUGUUUUUUUUGCGCUCCGCUCGUGCAAUGCAGUAGGCCUUAAUAGUUUUUCACUUCUGCCCCCCCCCCAUCCGAAACAUGGAUGGACGAUGGACGUCCCUGAUCUCACCGUUAUGCUGAAAUGAAAGUUUUGUUGUACCGGUGUUGCUUUAAAAAUCCCGUGCUAUAGUUUAGCUUUCCUUUUCGUCUGGGUAGAUGAUUGUGUUUACUUUAUUCUGGUUGGCCAGGCCUGUUUUCUUUUAUAAAGUUUCCUUUGUUUUUAUGUCCCGUAUUCUGAGGUCAGGUUUAACUUAAUUAGACCAAGGUCUAACUCUGUUAGAAUUAUGGGGAGCCAAAAAUUCUGUUUAUAUUGUCUAUUUCUUAUGUUUACUAUUUUGUUUUCUUUUGCUUUUAUAAUGAAGAAAUAUAUUUCGAAAUACUUAAGUUAUCAUUCCCAGACAAUCUGGGCGUCAUAUGAGUUAAUAAAUCGAACGUGUACUGUUAGGGAUUUGUGCCCCAUUGGCUAUCCAUAGUUACACCACAAAUUUAAACCAGAGUUUAAAUUAAACCCGACUUCAGAAUACGGGCCUAUUUAUAAGUGCCUGCUGCUUGUUUGGGAUGGGAUGAUGAUGGUGGUGGGGGGGGGGGGCGGCGAAUGAGUUGAUGUUUUGUUUUGAAUAAACUCAUUCAUUCACCUUGACUCUGCAACUUGAUAGUAAGAUAAUCACUGUACAUUUUUUGGGUAUCAUUUUGUCAUCAUUCCCCCCCCCCCCAAAAAAAAUAAAAAUAUAUGCACUUUGUAUCAGUGUUUUGUAUGUACCGAAAGGAACGAAUCAAAUAAAUACUCCUACUGAAAAAGAAGAGGUGAUCCUCAUUACCAGGUAUCUCGGAAAGGAUGUUGGCCUGAAGCCGUUGAGCUCAAUCGUUCAGAGACAGAAAGAGCUAGAGAAAGAGGGGGGGGGGGGGGGCACGCACAAAAAACGAGUAGAGCAGCACAUAGAGAAAGAUAUGAAAACACACAACGCACAUACGCCACACUCACCCACACACCAGGUGGGUGUUUCAUAAAGCUGUUCGUAAAGUUACGCACAUUUUUACGUACGACUGGAACAUGUUCUUCAGUCAUAUAUCAAUUAUACAGGGAUACCAUUUAGCACAAGAAAGGAUCACCAGUCGUGCGUAAAGUCAUUUGUAAUUUACGAAUAGCUUUAUGAAUAGAAAGGGCAUAUUCUAUCGUUUACAGCAAUUAGUCCGGGAUCAAAAUCUCAUAGGGCCCACAAGGCCCUCACGUAGAACCAACACGAAAAUAGAGGUUUGACACCAUAGGGGGAUAGUAUGGACCCUCUAGAUUACUGCUAGGUACGUAGUAGUCUAAAAUUGUGGAAUCAGUUUUUUCUAUAAAGUCGAAUUUGAAGAGCAAUGUAAAAAAUGUAAAAAAAUCAAUAACCUUUAAGGGUAAGGUGAAAUGUAUGUUGCCAUAUCUCCGCUUGUAUAUGCCAUAGUACGUCAUUCAUGUAUCAAGAUGUUGGUGGGUGACAGCUAUAACGUAAUAGUAACAUUACAAAAUGAGAUUUAGAUAUCAAACCUUCAAAAAAGGAAUACACUCAUGGCCAAUAUCCACUUCCAUCUCAAGUAGAUAUGAAAACAUUGAUACGAUAACGUGUUUUGUGUUGUUAAACAUGAGGAGCUUUAUAUAACUACAAUAUGUGUUAUUCAUAAAAAAAUGAAGAUUUUCGCAAUAUUUCUAAACGUUUCAAAUAUGUUUUAACAACCAUAUAUGGGCUAGUUUUCACAAUCUUGUAGUGCCGUUAGUUUGAGAUCCAACGCUUUAUGAAUCAAUUAGCAUUUCUUGUUCACUGGGGAAAUCAUCUGAUCCCAACCAUAUUCCAUUUUCUUUCUUCAAACUCUUUUUUUUUUCUAAUUUCUUUACAUUUUAAAUUCUUUUAAAGGGUUCAUUGACCGAAUGGCCUCCCCCGGGGGGGGGGGCGCCAAGUCACCCCAUCCUUUCUCCGAAGUUUGUCAAUUUCUUGGAAAAUUUGUCAUUUUGAAGUCCCUAUUGAGAGAGGAAGCAUUUCUAAUAUGUAGUAAACCCUCUUUUAUUCAUCUGAAACCACUUUAAGACAAAGGAGUAACCUUUUAUAUAUCUGUUAUUAAUAAAGAGGUGCUGCAACCUUCUCUCUCAAAGUCAUUCUGCUAUUUUCAGUAUUUUGUCUAUUUAUGUAAAAAAAAUCUGCCAUUUUGAGGCCCCAUGGAGGCAAAAAUAAAAUUUCUGCAAUGUAGUAAAGCCACUUUUAUUGUAAUUAAACCACCUGGGGAGUGGGGACAAAAUAGUAGGCUUUUAUCUAUCAGCUAUAGAUAUAUGAAAGUGCUAGGGAAUUGGAGCCUACCCUUUCAGGGGGCUGCCGAAAUUUCUCGCCCCUUUUCCGUAUUUUGCCUAUUCAUGGGAAAAUCUGCCUAAACUGUCAGAAUAAUUGAUAAUUUAAACCAGGAAAACUUAAUUUUCAUAAGUUGAAAAAGAUAAUUAUGGUCAAAUCAUUUUUAUCCCCUUUUAUCUAACGAUAGCUCCCCGGGACAGUUCACUGCCUGAUAUUUUACACAGGUGGAGCAUUUUUUCUCCCUUCUCUCUCUCUCUAUCUCUCUCUUGUCUGAUCUUUUUCAUCUCUUUUCUUUAGCUCCCAUCCCCACUCUCCACCCAGGUGUUAAAUGGGUACCCGGUAGGAUGCGAAAGCCUAUGUAGUAUGCCUAGCAAUUGAGUCUUAGAACUCUUGUUGGAAUGCUCCCCAGGGAAUGGAGAAGGUGCAUACAUUGUAUGCGGGCAUGCAAGGAUCCGAUGACCGGGGUAAUAAUAUAUCUGUAAAGCGCUUAGAGAUGUCGUUCCGAUGUGUUAAGCGCUAUAUAAAUGCGGAAUAUUAUUAUUAUUAUCUGCUGCUUUCGCCUUUCAUUUAUUAAAUAUAUCUCUUCUUCAUCUUCUCUCCCCUUCUUCUCCAAGUUCUCUUAACCCUCUUUAUCUAGGCAGGAUAUGAGUGGUGAGGUGCAUUUAAUUUUGUAGAACUGCUUUGAAAGCAAACUUUAAAUCUAUCAUGGAACAUUAAAAGUAGUUUUUCCUCCUA